AGCCGCGAUCGUUGAUAAGACAACUAGCGUUUUUUUAGUUUUUAAUUUGAUGCGUUAUUUUCUUGUAACAAGUACUUUCUGGUCGAGUUUAAAGAAUUCUGCAGAAAGUGACUGUAAUCCUUCUUCAGAGUGUUAAAGAUAUUUUCAGUUUUCACUCUUGUUUUACUUUAAAAAAUUUAAUUCUUGAAUACUGUUGAGAAAUUAUUAUGUCGUGUGGUGAAGAAGAAACGUCUAAAUCAUUGGAAUCUACAUCUAAAGACAAUGGAGCAAAAAAGCAAAAUGAACUUUCAAGUGCUAGCAUUGGUGGUGAGAGUAGUGGGUCAGGCACAGUUGGAUUAGAUGACAAAGUUUCAUCAGAAGAAUAUAUUCGAUUACGAGUUAUUACUAGUGAUAUGACCAAUGAAGUGCAUUUUCGUGUUAAGUCAGCUACAGCUUUAGGUCGUCUUAAACGAUCUUACUGUAGUAAACUUGGUUUUCAAGUGGAAGAAUUACGUUUUGUCUUUGAUGGCCAUCGCAUAACAGAUGAUGAUACUCCUAAAAAACUAGGUAUGAUGAAUGAUGAUGUAAUAGAAAUUUAUCAAGAAAGAACUGGUGGUAAAUUACCAUAAUAUAUUUUAAAAAAAUAAAACUACAAUUUUAUUAAGGAUAACUAUUUUGUUGGAAAUUUUAAUAUAGAUUUGUUUUUUUACAACAGCCUUAUUAUAUAAGACUUUUAUUAUAAGGUAUAUUUAUGAACAAUUAUUUAUUUUUUGUUCUCACUAUAAUUAUUAAUUGUUUGAAUCUUAUUUGUAUGAUGAUAAUUAUACCAUUCAUCAAGGAAAAUCUUCAUAUAGUAAAUAUAAUUUUUAUUAUCAAUAUGUACUACUCCUAGUUGGAUGUAAAUUAAAAUUUGUAACUUGCUGAUAAUAAAUUUUGAUAUUUAAGUUAUAUAUUUGUCAGUUUUGAGAGAAAUUCUUUAUAUAUUUUUUUUGUUUUGUAUUAUGAAUUUUCUAAUUUAAGUAUAAUUGUAAAAUUUAAUAAUAAAGCCUUUUGUAAUAAGCAUAUUAA